CUGAAACCUCCUCAUUAGGUUCAGAGAUACAGCUAAAAAAUGAGUUCUUUGGGAGGCCUAAUAGUAACUUUUUCUAGCUUUCUAUGUGUGCUCCUUGUCUUAGUUCUCAUCCACAAGCUAUGGUGGACUCCGAAGCGCAUACAGAAGCUGAUGGCUUCACAAGGAAUCAAAGGACCGCCGUACAAACUUAUCCAUGGAAACACCAAACAAGUCACCAAGAUGAUCAAUGAAGUUACAAGCAGGCCGAAAAAUUUCUCACAUGAUAUUCUCUCUGUGGCUCAACCUCACAUCCACACUUGGACCAAGUUAUACGGGAAGACCUAUCUUGAAUGGCACGGUUCUCAGGGUCAAUUGGUCCUUACGGAACCCGAGUUGUGCAAAGAGAUUCUGAAUAACAAAGAGAGAGCUUAUCCGAAACAAGAUCCCUUAAACUUUGCGAGGAAGUUCAUAGGAGAUGGCCUUGUGACAACAAUCGAAGUUGAAAAAUGGUCAAAAUUGCGAAAGUUGGCCACUCAUGUCUUCAAUGGAGAGAGCUUAAAAGGUAUGACUCCAGCAAUGAUAGCGAGUGCUGAGACGAUGCUAAAAAGGUGGAAAAAUUAUGAAGGAAAGGAGAUGGAGGUGUUUGAAGAGUUUAGAUUGUUGACUUCAGAAGUGAUUUCUAGAACAGCGUUUGGCAGUAGCUAUAUGGAAGGAAAGGACAUUUUCGAUAAGUUGAUGAAGCUGGGCUUCCUAGUAUACAAAAAUGCUCUCAAUGUCAGGGUUCCCUUCAUCAGUACGUUAUUCAAAACUAGCGAUGAGAUCGAAUCUGAGAAACUGGAGAAAGAAGUUCGCGACUCCAUCAUAAAGAUUGUUAAGAAAAGAGAAGAUAAGGCAAUUGCUGGAGACGAGGACAGCUAUGGGAGUGAUUUUCUUGGAUUACUUGUAAAAGCUCAUCACGAUGCCAAUGACAAACAGAGGAUUUCGGUGGACAAUUUGGUUGAUGAGUGCAAGACGUUUUACGUUGCUGGACAGGAAACUGUUAAUACUUUGCUUGGUUGGACUGUCUUUCUUCUCGCACUCCAUACGGAUUGGCAAGAGGAAGCAAGAAAGGAGGUCAUGCAAUUGUUUGGCAAGCAAACUCCAAAUCCUGAUGGCAUUGCAAAACUAAAAACGAUGAGUAUGAUCAUCAAUGAGUCUCUAAGGUUAUAUCCCCCUAUUGUUUCUCUUCCGAGAAAAGUUGGAAGGAAAGUCAGACUGGGAGAGGUUAUUGUACCUGCAAAUCUUGAAUUGGUUAUCUCAGCUCUAGCACUUCAUCAUGAUCCUCAAAUCUGGGGACAAGAUGUGCACGUUUUCAAACCAGAACGAUUCUCGGAGGGAGUUGCUAAUGCAACUAACAACCACGCCGGCGCAUUCUUACCCUUUGGAAUGGGACCUCGAAGUUGUGUGGGUUUGAACUUUGCCACCAUUCAAGCAAAGCUUACUCUGUCAAUGAUUCUACAACGAUACACAUUCACCCUUUCCCCGGGUUAUGUUCACAUGCCCUUUGUGUAUCUUACCGUUCGGCCACAACACGGGAUUCAGGUAGUGCUACGCUCACUUUGAACUACGAAGACCAGAAUUACCAAUAAUUCUUGUACUGCUUUGUGUAUUAAUGCCUGUGGAUUUGAAUGUAGCUUAUAGUUAGUGCAACUUAUACAUAAUCCAAAGCGCACGAUUGUAAAUAUCUUCGAAAAAUAUGCUAUCAAGUAAGAUCAUGAAGAACACCUUUAGAAUGGUUUUACAGGGUUAGGUUUCAUGUCCUUUUUUUUUCUUGGUAUUUUUCUUAUUUUCGUUUCUAGAGGGGUAAGUUUCUGCCCCCCUUCUUUUUUGUGUAUUUUGUUUUUAUUGUCUCGUUUUAUGAGGAAUAAAGUUAUGUCUCUCUAAUUAAGUAUAAUUUAUCAUCAAUAAAAUUUCUCUUGUAUC